UCUGGCCGCACCGCAACCAUGCUUCCCGUCACUCUAAAUGUCCCCACGUGGUCCCCGAGAACAUGUGCGCGGCCUGAUCGAUCGCCAGAGCCAUCGACCCAGCCAUGUCCGUAAGCAAACGAAGCCACCGGCAUGGCCUCACGGGCCAUCGGCAUAGCCAGAGGGCCGCCCUAAUCGCGCAAUGGCAAGUCGUGGGCCAUGUGCGCUCUGCGCGUCGCCCGGACGAAAUUGUGUCUUGCUUGCGGGUGGGCACCGACUGUAUUGCAAAAAUGCCCGCUCCGUUGUCUGGAAGUCUCACGGGCAAUGAGGCCCCCCAUGCGCUGGCCGCGUUCAGGCCGCGCGGAAGGGCCAACGCGGGAGAGGUGUCCACGAUCCUCUGCGAAGCCCCGGGGAAGGCCCUCAGGAUUGCCCCGACAACUCAGCCAGGGGCGGAUGGGGCGGGGGGGGGAGACUGGCGGACUCGAGCGCGCAAAUAAUGCGAGCACUGUAAAGCGAACGGGAGAGAAAGAGAGAGAGAGAGAGAAAGAGAGACAAGAGGGAGGAGAAGAAGGGAUGCAAUGUCACGCCAGCUGGCGGAGCACGUGCAAGAAGGACGAAAGGUCACGGAACACGGAGAGAGCACCGCCCUGAAACAGCGUGCACGCGCUGUUCCGCCGGCUGGCGGAGCACGUGCGGGCAAGACGACGAACGACAAAGGCAGGAGGCAGAAAACUAUACGGAGGACAGACAAAGCGGGCGGGGAUCGGUGGGCCCGAGGAGGGACGGAUGGCCAAGCGUCGGCCGGAAAGCAUGCUCCUACGCAGAUGUCUGUAACUGUCGGGAUCACGCGGGCGUUAAACAAAUUCGCCGUGCGCCUGCGAUUGGAGUAAUCCAGAUGAGGGGGAGGAUUCGCGUCUUCGGGAAGAGGGAUGCUUGUGCUGGAGGCGGUGACGGCUGUCCAGGAGCAUCGUCGUGAAAACUCCGCAAUCAAGGAGAUCCGCGAGGACCCCCAGAAAAUACUUGUGGGCUCCCUGGCCCUACAAGCCACUCAGCGUGUGGUUCUCGCUCGCCACGGGGUCUGACCUUGCCCACGGCAGCCUGAUGGUGGCCACUGCCAGUCCAGCGGCACUGACAUCGUCGCCCGCAUGGCCCAGCUCCGAGAGCUUGCAGACGAUGGCGUCGCCCAGAGAGGUGCGCUGCAGGAGCCACGGCCCCCCGGCGUCCACCUCUUGGCGGCGCCGCCUUCAAGGCAUCUAUGCGGAUCACCACCGUGCUCUGCACCACCUGCGGGGCGCCGUCCAGUGGGAACAGCUCGCGGGCCGCCCGGAGCACCGCGGCGAGCACCCGCAGGGCCGCGCCCACGUGCUUCGGCCCCGCCGUCUGGAUCAAGGCGGGGCCGUAGUAUACCUGGGGAGACCAAAAGAUACCGCUAUUGCCCAGACCUCUCCUGGGGCGCGCUCUGACCAGGAUUUCGAGGCGAAUCCAGCGGUGGCGACGAACGCCACCAAGGAGGCCCACGAGGGGGAAAGCAAGGGAGAUACAUAGGCAUGGGUAAUUCCCCGCAUCCGAAGUGGGGUUCUUGUAUUCUCUGGGCACCCCGCGCAGGAGCACAUGGGAUGGCAUGACCCCCCUCUCCUC